GCCCUGCCCUGCUCUAUCGAUCUUACAGCCCCAGUUCGUAACUAGGAUGAAUCGGAUUUCUACACCUGCCGUAGAAACUGUAGAUAAUUCGCAAACCAAGUAAGCCAGUCACGUCAGCAUUUACUCAACGCUCACACUUAACACCCCAAUUGUGGUGAUAAAACAGUUUGCGUCUGGUUUGAAGUCCUAAGCUGAGACUAUGGAGGAAAUACGUCUGUUGGACGUGGGUCCAUCUCCAACCCCUUCCUCCCGAGAUGAGGGAGGGGAGGUGGAGCCUCUAGAUGACAAGCAGUCGUCUUCUGUGCUGACAGAUGUAGCUGUUGCCCCAGCCCCUGCUGUGGAAGACUCAACUUUACCUGAUGUUGUGAAGAAGCUAGCUCCUACAUCCAACGUUACAGAACACUGCAACAUUGAUUCUGUCACACCCUGUGCUGAGACACACUUAAGUAUUGGAUGUCAGGUUGUGGCACCAUUUUUCAUUGCUGGAAUGGGCAUGGUUGGAGCAGGUUUCUACCUGGAUCAUGUUCAAGAUUGGGAAGUUUUUAUAAAAGUGCCUGAAAUCAUCAUCCUAGUACCAUCACUCCUAGGGCUAAAGGGAAACUUAGAAAUGACACUAGCAUCAAGGUUGUCAACAGAAGCCAAUUUAGGACAUAUGGAUGACUCAAAGGAACAAUGGAGCAUGAUCAUAGGAAAUUUAACACUAGUACAGUGUCAAGCCAUUGUAGUGGGAUUGCUGUCUGCUGUAGUUGCUGUGGUGAUGGUGGCAAUAACACAACAAGAAUUCAGUCUUAGCCAUACAUUGCUUCUAUGUUCCUCUAGCAUCAUCACCUCAUCCAUAGCCAGCCUUUUGUUAGGUUGUAUUACUGCAGCAGUUAUAGUUGUUUCUCGCUGUUUUAAGAUCAAUCCUGAUAAUGUGGCAACUCCUAUUGCCGCAAGUUUAGGUGAUAUUACAUCAUUGGCUCUACUCUCAUGGGUUGCCUCUAUGUUGUAUAAUGCAAACGAAAAGUUUUCCUGGAUUGCACCUAUCAUUAUUGGUUGUUACAUUCUUGCAAUACCAUUCUGGGUUUUUAUUGCCAAGAAGAAUAAAUACACACACUCCGUCCUCUACACUGGUUGGACACCGGUCAUACUAGCAAUGUUAAUUAGCACGUUAGCUGGCCUCAUCUUGGACAUCUUGAUGGCUAAAUUUAAGGAUUUGGCUGUGUACCAACCUGUCAUCAAUGGUGUGGGCGGAAAUCUAGUCUCAGUGCAAGCCAGUCGUCUCUCCACUGAACUCCACAAAAAUAAUGAGUUGGGGACAUUGCCCCCUGCUGCGCGUAUUUGUAUAAGCCCAUUGGAUGCCUUCUUUUCAAAACAACAGUAUGCAGUGACUGCUCAGGUGCUAAUGUUGAUAGUUGUGCCAGGUCAUGUGAUAUUUGUCUAUACCAUCAGAUUUUUCAAAGAAGGAAGUGCUUCCCCCUCAACACUCUUUGUCUCGUCCUACCUCACAGCUGCCUUGGUCCAGGUUGCCAUUCUUUUGUAUCUGGCGUAUGUAAUAACAUAUUACUUCUGGUCGCAGAAUGUAGAUCCAGACAACUCGACAAUUCCAUAUUUGACUGCACUGGGUGAUUUUCUGGGUGUUAUGCUGUUGGGUAUGACGUUUGAGUUUAUUUAUCUGGUUGGAGAUAAACAGCUUCCAACAUGAACUGAAAGAAUGUUAGUUAGAACACUUGGAUAUGUAGUGCGUCUUCACACUGGAGAGGAUAUAUAUGGAGUCAGAGGACAUGAGAGCAAGAGUAGCAUCCACCAAGAUGGUUCACAUCAUGGAUUCCAAUUACUUCUCUUCAUUGUGCAUCUUCUUCAUUGCUUCGAGUCUUUAUUCAUUUAUACAGUUCUAGUCCCGCUACUGCAACAGCUACUUAAUACCAUAGUUUACACAUAUCAUUCGCACUGCUGGACACAAGCCGUAAACCUCAGGUGUCAACUACCGUCAUACUUUAUGUUUCACUCUGAUUUAAGCAAAUUCUGUGCCAAUAGUGACGAAGCUACAAAAAUAUUCUACUUGAUGCGUUUGCACGAAUGCUCUGUCAUUAGUGUCAUGCCUAAUGAGCAUUGUCUUAGUUGAGUAAUGUACGCAAUCUACAAGCUUUUAAUUAAAUGGAAUAUUUCAGUACAUCGCAGUGUUCCGCAGUGCUUGCUGCCUCCAUUAUCAGGGUGAUGAGGAGGUGGCAAGCAUCAGUACUACCAGACUACAUGGCACAACAUAGAAGGCGGCUAUCUUUAUGCUUGUCAGUGUUAGAGCCUCAAAUUUUAUUUGUGCUUGCUUCUUCAGACAGGUCCCAGAGAUGUGGAUGUCAAUGAGAAGAAACACGAACAUCAUAGAGAAUCCUGGCUUUCAUCAGGAACAGGGAAGUGGCUGGGAAUAAAUUAACAGUUGUCCAUAUUUCAUUCUGAAGGACAGUUCAUACGGCAUUGAAAAACACAUGACUAUAUUCAGUCCUAUGUCCCCCCCUCCCCUUCAAUCUGAUAGUUUGGUCACCUGCAGUUUAAGUAUUAAAAUUUUAAUUCUGUCUAACCAAUCUGAUGAGCCAGCGUAGCUCAGUCAGUAGAGUGACUGGCUAUGGACUGGAUGAUCGGGGUUUGAUCCCCGUCGGGGACAGGAUUUUUCAUCUAGCCUCUGCGUCCAGACCGGUUAUGGGGCCCACCCGGCCCCCUAUCCAAUGGGUACCGGGGUCCUUUCCCCGGGUAAAGUGCGGCCGGGGCGUGACGCUGACCACUCACCCCCAUCUAGUGUAGAAAUCAAGAAUGAGUAGGAGCUAUACCAUCUCUCCACCCAAGCACCUGCAUGGCGUAUAGUGGGACAGCUUUACUUUUACUUUUUACUAGUUAAUCUGUGUAAAGUUUUCUUAAGAAUCAAAAUACUUUGAAUGCACAUUCAGUUUGUGCGCUCAGCAGUUACAUUCUGCUGUCUCAUAAGUACAGCAGACUCCCAUUUAAUCAGAUUGGAUGGUAAGUAUAUUUUCGUCGACAAUCAAAGUCCCGGAUAAUCUGCAAAAGAUUAAAGAAAAACAUGCAAAUGUAACAAAUACAUAAGUUUAUCUAUAGAUGUGCACUACUUAAAUGUUUUUAAGAUUUGCCAGCUGCUUUUUAAAAAAGGAUUCCAGUGGAUAGUAAAAAUGUUCUAUUUUGAAAAUUUCAGGUUUUAGCAACAGUUGAUUUAUGUUAAUACAUUAAAUAAUGUCAUUGCUUUUUUAUUUAUUUUUAAACAAUCUUACUUUUACAGCAGAUUUUGUAAAUUCAUUUUUAGUUUUUGAUUAAACCAGAUAGACUAAAGUUAAUCUGCAACCUGUUUAAUUCAUCCCCAGUCAAUCGAGAGUCUGCUAUGUUCAGUAGUGCCCAUCACACUCUGACCUUUACAACGAAUAGCACUGAAUCCUGAACACCUGAAUAUUAGCAUGUAAGGGAGUAAAUGUUGUAUGAUGAGGAGUUCCAUAAUUUGUACUCGAUGCAAAUAUUAUUAGGGUGGUUAAAUGAAGAAGGAUGAGAUCUGAUGGGCAUGUAGAGUGAAUGGGGUAUGAUAAAUAUAUACAAAAGCUGGAAGCUAUCAAUUUGAAGACCUAGUCAUAGAUGGGAGGAUAAUAUUAAAAUGGAUCUUGUGGAAAACGGAAGGUGUGGACUGAAUUCAUCUUUCUCAGGAUAGGGCAGUUGGCAGGUUUUUGUGGACAUGAUAAUUAACUUUAGGGUUCCAUAAACGGUAGGGAAGUGCUUGACUCUGUGAGCAACUAUCACAGUCUUAAGAAGGACUCUGCUUUAUGGAGUUAGUUUAUCCUUUCACUAUUUUGCGUUGUAAUUCGUGAAUGUGUCUGGCAUGUUUCAUCUACUUUUUGUGUUAGAAAUUCUUUAUACGAACUGCCGCUCUAAGGAGGUAACGUCCUUGGAGACCCGCAUUUCAGGAUGUGACCCUCGUGGUCGGCAGCUCUUUCGAAUAAGAAUGCCAUAAGUUGAAACAUGAAAGUAGUAUUCUGGGAAAUCUGUUUUAAACGGGUACCAUGACACACCCAAAUACACGCUUAAUAUCUUUGCCGUUUCUGGAACAUUCUCACCAAUUUAUAAAACUAUGUUAGGCCAACCAGGCACAUGGGCCUACGCGAUACGUUCUUCGGGUUUUUUUAAAUCUACGGUUGGGCAUGAAGGGUGCAUGGGAACAUGUCCACACAAAAAGCUGAUCUCAUACUCUGUAUCUUUUUCACUGAAUGCUUUACCAAUAGACCGUCUGAUGUCCAGUAUGAAAUACCAUAUCAUAUCAGCUACUACUGGAUAAUAAUUUUUUACUAUUCGUUGUGAAACUGUGAGACAUAAUAAAGGAACAAUCAUCUAUAAUUUCUUUGUUAAGACGGUGGCGAUUAAGAUUACGAAAACCCUUGAUUGCAAGGAUGGUGUUGAUAAUGAUAAUAAUAGUCUUAAAACUGAAUUCAUGUCCACUGAAUCAGUACAUGCUCUUGUCGCUUGACGGAAAUGUGUUGGAAGAUGAGUUAAUUGUAGGAAUUUUGUAAUAAUGAACGCGUCAACAUCUGCUGUCGUCUGGAGCCAACGGCGUGUGUGUAGGCCCUCAGUUAAGCUGUUACAUUUUUGUAUAAUUGAUACGGAGGAGUGCAUUAAGUUUAAUUGAAAAGGCCUAUUUUCAUAAAAAUCAUUUCAAGAACUAAUGACUUAAGUUACGUAUAAAAGAUUCUUCUCAAUAUAGGAACCAUUUGAAGGUCGUUUUCAUUUUUGUUCCAACUUGAAAUUAGGUAGCAAGACAUUCAUGGUAAUACUGCAUCAGUAUUUAGAUUAACAUUUUGCACAUAACAUUAUAGCACUGCUGUUUUCUGUACUACUUCUGUGUAUCAUCAGUUUUUCCUAACAAACCUGUAACCACUUCUGAUGUUGCUGUUAAUACAAGUAGGACAAUAAUUGGCCAAGAAUA